GGUGUGCGUAGCUUGAAAAAUACCUACUUUAAACCCAGAUAUAUCCUGUUAGUACCAAGGAACAAAGAAAAAUAUGAGGGACAUCUGCGGAGGAAAGGAUUAUUCAGCAGGCCAGAGAUUGAAGAGGCAGUCUCCAGGGUGGACAUGUACAUCAAAAUAAGUGAGGAUUUUCCAGGAUACUUUGAUGCGGUGGUCGACACAGAUGACUUGGAUGAGGCAUUCACAGAGCUGAGUUUCCUGGUAAAGGCAUACCUGGGUUUGGAGCCACCUCCAGUUUUUGAUAGCAUUCAGGACUUGAAUAGCAGAGCAGGAGCAGGUUCAAGAAUACGACUCUUACAAGAACAAAGAUUGUCACCCGGCGGAAUAGUUAGUGGAACUACUCGGUCUUCAUCUGUCAAUGAGUUCUUGGACUCUUCCGCCAAAAACUAUCCAAGAGGCAUCUCGGACAAACUUGCUGCACAACUGAGCUCUGUGGAAGAAGCUUCUCUCCAAAGACGUCGCUCUGCAGCACGCCAGGCUCUGUCAGGGAAGGCACCUGGUGCAUACGUCCAGCUCUUUCGAAGGGACCUGGCAGUCACUCCUGCACCGAGCAGCUCCCACCAGCAGUUACUGGAACCAACACCACAUGCUUCACUGCUCUCAGAUGGAAGGAGUGUCACCCAAGACCAGAGCUUCCCCCUGGCUAACCCAGAGAGCCGCUCUGGGGAGUCUGGUCCUGCUGGUGGACGAUUCCUAACCUCACUGGGUGCACCUGCUGCUGAAGGUCUGCCGGCUCGGAGCCCUGUUCCCCGUGUUCAUCUCACUGAAGAAGCCAAAGCUGAGCAUCAGGAUCCAAGAGGAGCUGAAAAUGGAGUGGCCAAAUUGAAAGAGAUUGAACUCCCGAUUGACAACCUUCAGAGAAAACAUGGCAAGUCCAAGACUGGUUCUUCUCACGUGCCUCAGCUCAUCAACUGGCUGGGCUCCCACUCCAAACCUGUCCUACCUCCCAUCCCGUCUGGGCGAAAGAGGACCAACCCUUGA